AUGGAUUUAACUGAUUCUUUUCUAAAUAUAGAAAUAAAUGAUUUAAAAAGAAAAGAAAAUGGAUAUUUAUAUUUAAAUGAACAGGGAAGAAAUAUAACCCUAAAUAAUAUGAACAAGUCAGGUCAGGAAUUUACUGACAAAAAAAAAAAAAGCAAUACUUUGGGGUUAAAUCAGGAAAAUUUGUUACUAAAAAUAUUAAAAAAUAAUGAAUUGAUAUGGAAAAAGAAAGAAGAUAAAGUGAAAUUAUUAAGUAACCAAAAUUCGAUUAAAAGUGAUGAUCAUCAUAAUGAUGUAAAUACGCACAUGUGUAAUGGCUAUUUACCUGCACAUGUUAAGGAGGAUGAUAAUACAUUUUUAAAAACUUCUUAUGAAGUUUAUAAUAUGAUAAAAUAUCAAAAUAUAGAUAAAUAUUACAAAACAGACAAUUUAAUAAAUUUUUAUAAUGAUAAAAAUAUACUAAAUUAUAAAAAAAUAAAGAGAAAAAAUAAAAAUAAAGAUUAUAUAGACAAAAAUUAUAUAUAUCCUACCGAUUUGGAAUCGAAUAUUUUAAGUUUCGAGCCAAAUAACUUUUCUUCAAAUUAUUUAUUAGAAAGUUUUAAUAAUAAGUUAGUAAAUAAUUAUAUUAACAUUCAUAAUACAGAUUAUAUUGAAAUUCAAGAUAUAUUUGAUGAAAACAAAUUAAAUUAUGUUAAAAAUAAAAAUUUAUGUUUUUAUAAAAAUGUAGAUUUAAAAAAGUUUAGGAAAAAUGAAAAUAAUUAUAUGAAUAAGCUUAUGAAUUCUGCAAAAAAAAAAAAUACUAUUUACACAGAUCAUUUACAAGAAAAUCAAAUUCAUACUGAAAAUGAAAAAAAUAAUAAAUCACCCCCUAAUGAAGUAGAACAAAAUGUAGACAAUCUAAGUAUAUAUGAGAAAAAUUCUCAAACAGACAUAAUAAAUAAUAACAUAUCUCAUAAUGAUAGCCAUGAUUAUAUUCCAAAUAAUUUAAAUGAUGAUUUUAUUGAUGAAAUAGAAUCAGAUCAAAAUAAAAUUGAGGAGUCUAAAAAUAAUAUUAGUGAUGAUAUAAUAGAUUUUGAUAUAGAUAAUGAAUUCCAUUUUAACGAUGAAAGUUUGGGUGAUAAACCGAGUAAAAAUCAAAAUAAUGAAAGCCCAUUUAUAUUUAAUGAAAAUGACGACGACACAAAAAACAAACAUAAUAAUGAUGAAAUAUUAGAAGAUGAUCUUAUAUUCUCUGAAAAGAAUAGCAGCAAAGUUAGCGAUAAGAAUGACAGUUUGAUGGACAUUCUAAAUAAUUAUGAUGAACAAGAAAUAGGUGACGAAAAAAACAAACAAAAUGAUAUCACAUUUGAAAAUGAUAAUGUAGAUGAUUUGUUAGAUAUAGAAUUUCUUGAUGAAAAAGAAAAAGUAACGGAUCUUAAAAAUGGUGAUGAAAUUUCUGAACAAAUUAGCGAUUUUUUCUUUGAGGAUGAUGAAAAAAAAGAAAAUAUAAAAUUAGAAGAUGAAUAUUAUAAAAGUGGUGACGAUCAAUUUAUGGCCGAUUAUGACUUAGACAAAAAUAAUAUAAGUGAUAAUAUGCUUAUUAUGAAUGACAUUGAAGAGGAUAAUAUAAAUGAUGAUAAGGAUGAUGUAGAAAAUAUAAAUAAUACUCAUUCUCAAAUAAAUGAAGAACAUGAAAUUAUAAAAGAUUUUGAUUUAAAUAAGGAAAAAACCGAUUUUUAUAAUUCAGUUGUUUAUUCAUUUGAUAAUAAUUAUAAUAAUAAAGAUAAUUAUACACAUUUAAAACAAAAUAAUAAUGAAUAUAAUAUUUUUAAAAAUAUAUAUCAAGAAUAUUAUCAUACCAUAAAUAAUGAUGAAUUAAAAAAUGAACUUGAAUUAUUUGGAAAUCAUAUAAUAAAUAAUAGUUACAUAUUUAUGCUUUUAAAUUAUAAGUACAUAAAAAAUUAUAACUACAAUAAUUCGAUAUACCCAUUUAAUAGUGAUGAUUAUACAAAUUACCUUUUUAAAAAUAAAAAUUUAGAUAAAAAUAUUUUACAAAAUGAAAAUAUAAUUCAAGAAGUGUUUGGAAUCAAUGAUGAUAUGCAUACACAAGGAAAUAAUAAAUUAAAAAAAAAAAUUAAAAAUCGAUCAAAUUUAAAACAUAUGCAAAAUUUAUAUCAAAACCCAUUAUUUUCUGAUCCAAAUCUUUUGAAAAAUUUUAACUCAUCCCCUAUGCUUAGAAAUCAAAAUACAAAUGUGAUGGAAAAUGGAAGUCAUAUAAUAAACUCUCAUGAUAUAAAUACAGAUACAAACCUAGUUAAUCAACCAAAUAAUCAUGUUAUUGUUGAUGCAAAUGGGCAUAUAAACAAUUCUGGUAACAUCCAAGAGAGUCAAAAUAUAGAUCACAACAGUGCAAACAAUAUGUUAGAUGCUGAACAGAAUAAUAUAAUUUCUAACAUGAUAAAACAUAAAGUUAAUUAUGGUGAUGAAGAAAAUGAUGAUGAGGGUUCCGAAAAUUUUAAUGAAAAAUAUGAGCACACAUACCAUCCUAUAAAUAAUAAUAAAUUGUUAAAAAAUAAAAAAAUGAAUGAAUUAUUUUAUAUGGAUUUUAAUACAUAUUUAAAUAAUGAUGAUAAUUAUAUAGACAGACAAAACGAUACAAAAAUAUAUUUAGGAAAUUUUACUAAAAUUAUGGAUGAGUUUAAAAUGGAAGAUAUUCAAUAUAAUGAACAUUAUAUUUUUGAUAAGCUAAAUAAUAAAUUAUUACAUGAAGUAGAAAAAAAUUAUUAUAUUUCUUACAUGCUAAGAAAUCUAUUUUUAAAAGACAAAAAACAUUCUGAUAUUCUCUUAAAGUGUUUGAUUUAUAAACCUGAUGAAUACCAAAAUGUUGGAACAAUAAAUUUUCAUAAUAUCUUUGAUGAACAUUUACAAAGUAUUAAUAAGAAGGGGUCGACCUUGUCUAAUAUUGGUGAAGAAACCGCUUUAACAACUUUGGAAAAAAUUAAAAAAAAAAAUAAGCUAAUCGAAUUUGAUGAUAGCUAUUUUAUUAAUAACAAAAAGGAUAGAUUAGAAUGUGCUGAAAAUAUUUUAAAAAAAACAAAAAAUAUUAUUUUUUUCUCACAUUUAAAAUUAGAUAGCUAUUAUAAAAAAAAUAAUCCUCAUGAAAUUGAAAAUAUGAUUCUUUCCCAAAACAAUGUAUAUGUAAAUACUCAAAUGACAAAAGACUAUUAUUACAGUUUUGAAUUAUCAAAUAAAAAAGGAGUAAUAGCUUUUUCUCGGUUUCAUAAAUUAGAUUUUAGAACAGGUAUACAUAAAUAUUACCAAGAAUAUAAACAGUUUAAUAAUAAUUAUACUAAACUAAACGAAUUAGAAGAUCUGGAAAAUGGUGAAGAUGUAGUACCAUGGGGAUGGAAAAAUAUAGAAAAAAAAUAUUUAACACAAAAAGAUGAAGAUUUAAUUAUUUCAUCAUAUUGGAAUUAUAUUAUUCCUGAAGUUGCCAAAACACACUCUUAUUUUAAUCAUGCAAUAAAUAAAUUUUUUAAACUAGGAAAUAGACAAAGUAGUAAAAGCGGGAAAUACCUUAGUAUAGGAAACAUAGAUAAAUAUGAAAGUAUAAAUAAAUAUUUUAAUGCAAGUAAUAAAAAUUAUUAUAUUAGAAAAACUUUUAAAAAUAUUAUAAAUAUUUUAAAUAAUGAAAAUUUUAAUUUUGAUAUGCAUAUUUUAGAUGCAUGGACAAUUGAAAAAACUUAUGACCAUUCAAUAUUUGAUGAAGAUGAUACAAAUGAAAAUAUAAAUAUUGAUAAUAAUGUAAAUAAUAAAAUUGAUGAUCAUUCUUCUUUUUUUUAUAAUAAUUCAUGUUUAUUACUAAAUGAUGAUAGUCCAUUAAUUAUUUUAGAAUAUGUUGAAAAAGAUCCAUUUGUUUUAUUAAAAUUAGGAAUGAAUAGUAAAAUCAAUCAUUAUUUUACAACAAAAGAUGAUGAGAGUUUAUAUUCUCUUGAAUAUAAAAAUAAAUUAAAAAAAUUUAUAGAACCAUUUGGUGAAAUUAAUGUUAUAAAAGAUUCCAUUAAUUAUUUUGGUGUCCCUAUUAAAAUUAAAAAACAAGAUCAAAAACUUACAUUUAUUGAAAAUGAAAUAUUUAAAGCAUUACUAUUUACAAUUCCUGUAUACUCUAUGCAUAAAGAAAAUGAAGACCACCCCAUAUUCGAAGAGCCUUCACAAGUAAUAGCCAACCACCUUGAUAACCCAGGUCAUGCUCAAGAAAAUGGUGUAUUACCCAAUAUGGAAAGUAAGCUAAAUCAUUCUGAUCAAAUUUUUGCGGAAAAUCAACUAGAUGGGCAUAUGCUCACCACCUCAGAAGUAGAAAAUUAUUCAAACACUGCUAAAUAUGAGAUGAAUGAAAAUAAUCCUCCUCCUAAUGUUACAAGCAAUAACAAAGACAAUUCCAACCUCUUUUAUCAUACCGAUUUUUUACUUAUAAGAAAUGUUUUAAAUAAUGGAAGGAAGUAUUAUAUUAAGCCAUUUUAUGUUGACAUAAACAUGUGUAAAAAUGUGAAAGAAAAUAAUGUAGACAACCUGAACAUGCAUAAUUAUUACGAUACUAGCCAAAUAGAUAAAUAUGAAGACCAAUAUAAAGACAAUAAUUAUAAUAAUAUAUAUGAUGAAAAUAUAAAUAAUCAAUAUAGAGAAGGAAAUGAAAAUUAUUUAAAUAUUAAUUAUACAAAUUGUAUAUUUUAUAAUGUAGGGUUUUUAGAUAUGCAUGUAAGUACAUAUAAUCCAUUUUAUAAAAAAUAUAUAGAUGAAAAAAGGAAUUAUAUAAGAAGCUGGUUAAUCAAAUUAAUAAUAAAACAUCAAAUUAAAGACAGUAAAAAAAUUAAAGAAAUAUUAAAAACAAAAUUAAAUACAUUUAUAAAUGAUAAAGAUAUUAAUGCAAUUGUAAAAUCAGUUGAUAUAAAUUUUAUUUUAAGUAAAGAAUAUACUGAUGAAAGAAAUAACAAAAAUUCAUAUAAAUCAAAAAAUGUUUGUAUAUUAGAAUGUAUUUAUCAUUUUAUACAAUUAUAUAAAUAUGAAGGAAUAAAUUUUAAAAACAUUUUAGAGAAUCAAGACAGAUUAAAUAAAAUUAUUUAUCUAUUAAAUAUGGAAAAAGAAAGAGCUAAUAACAACAUUAUUAAUAUUAAAAAGAAAAUGAAAAUCAUUUACGAUAGAUAUUGUUAUAAAUCAGAAGCUAAAUCUAUACAAUUUUCUCUAAACAAAGAAGAUAUAUAUAUUGAUAUGAUAGACAAUUAUAAUUAUGUUGGCUCUCAUUUUUACGAUAAAAAUGUUCUUAAUUAUUUUCUAUAUAUUAAAUACCUUAUUUCUUGUUCCCCUUGGAAUAUAUUAAAAGAUUAUUCAAAUAAUUUGUCUACUUCGAAAUAUGGCAAUAAUAAUGCAAAACAAGAAGUUCGUAGAAAAAAAAAAAAAGGGUUAGAUAAUAAAAAAUAUGAAUCCUUGAAUAAAAAGAAAAACAAAAAUAAACUUAAAAAUGCACAAAAAAAAUUAAAAAUAAAAAAAAAUAAACAACUUUAUUAUGAGCAAAAAGACAACGACGCUACUUUAAGUACAACGAGCAAUGAUAACGACCCAACAAAUAAUAGCUAUAGUGAUAAUGAUUUUGAAGGGUAUGAUAAAAAAUAUUUGAAAAAAAAAAAAAAAAAAGAUAUAAAUCAAUAUAGAAAAGAAAAAAUCAAGAACAAACAAGAUAGUGAUAUUUUUGAAAUGAGUGAUGAAGAAAAUAAGGAACAAAAUCAAGUUGAAAAAAAAUAUAAUAAAAAAAAAAAAAAAAAAGAAAAAAAUAAAGGAAAACAUAGUUUUAGUGAUCUUACUGAUUUUAGCUUUAGUGAAGAAGAUAAUGAAAGUCUUGAUGAUGAUAAUGAUGAUAAACAUAGCAAUAGUUCAAGUGAUGAAAAACGGAAAAAAAAAAAAAAAAAAAAUGAUGAAGACAAUAAAAAUGAUGUAUUAACAAAUAAAAAAAAAAAUAAAAAAAACUAUUCCUACGCUUUCUAUCUAUUUAAUCAUAUCAUAUAUAAUGAAAAAAUACAACAAAAAAUUGGAAAUAAAAAGGAAUACCUAGACAAUAAUAAUUAUAAUGAUGCCGGAGCUUCUAAAAAUAAUGCUUAUCUAAAAAAACAAAAAUAUCAACAAAACUUAAAAUAUAAAGGAAGAAAUUUUAUUCACAAUAAUCUUUUUCAAAAAAAUGAGGCAAAGAAAAAAGGGAAUACAAAUUUUGCAAAAGAUAGUAAAGGAUGUACUUUUCACGGAAAAGGUAAAUAUAACUUCAGCUAUUUUAAUGCUAAUAAACGUAUAAACAAAGGUCGGGAUGAACUUAAAAAUGAAACUCAAAAUGAUGAGACAAAAAAAAAUGCAUACAACGAAUUUUCUGGUAUUGAAGAAUUUUAUGAAGAAAUGGAUGAAGGGGAAACAAAUAAAUUUGAACAAGAUAUAAAUAAAAAAGAAAAAAAAAAAGAACAAGGAAAUUAUUACGAAGUAAAUAACACAUUUAGUUUAGCUAAAAAAGAUAAAGGGGCAAAAAAAUAUAUGAAAUACUUAGGAAAUAAUCAAAACUUAAAAAAUAAAAAAUCUAAAGAAACACAAAAUUAUAUUGAUGAAUUUAAUAGUAAAGAACUUAGUCAAAAUAUUAAUUUUAUAAAUAUUUAUAGAGUUAUAGAACAUCUAAAUGGGAAAGACAUCAUUAAUAUUCUUUUAAGUGUUGGACUUAGCAUGUUAAAUAUUAAAAAAAUGAAUAAGAAUGAUCAGAUAAAUAAGUUGAGGAAAUUCAUUGAAAAUGGAACUAUAACAAACCAAAAUAAAAUUAUUUACAUUACAAUGAUUAAAAAAAUUAUUUUAGAACAAUUUAAAAAUUUACAUUCUCCAGUCUAUUUAAAAUAUAAUAAUAAUAUUUUAUAUUUAAGUGAAAAAAAAACAACAAAUUUUUUAAAUAACGUUGAUGAGUUAAAUAAAUUAAAUAAUAAUUCUUCAACACAUUCGGGAGAUAUAAUUAUUAAACGGACAAAAAAAGUAGAAAAAAAUAGAGUGAGAUUAAUCAAACAUUUUUUUAGAGAUUCUAUUAAUGAUGAUUCAGUAUGUUCAUCCGAUGUGGGUUCAUCGUCGGGUUCUGAUUCACAAUUAGGAGGUGGAAUACAUGAUAACGAGAUUGGAAAAAAAAAAAAAAUUAAUGAACUUUUAGAUGAAGAAGAUGAAGAAGAAGAAAAAAAACAAUUAGAAAUUAUAAGAGAAAUGCAAGCAAAAAAUAAUAAUAUAGAAGAUAAUGAAAAUAAUUAUAAAUUAAUUCAUUGUCUAAAAUGGACUAGAAUAUAUAUCAAAAAAAAUGACAACACUACAAGCAUUUAUGAGUUUACUGAACCAGCAGAAAAUUAUGGAAAUUUAGAUGCAAACUCACGACUCGAUAACUAUGAGAACAACUACAAAGAAGAUGAAAUGAAUGAAAUAAGUCCUAACAAAAAUUAUAAAUAUGAAAUAAUGAAAAGAAGAAAAGAAAUAUUAUUAAAAAACUCCUUUAAAGGUGUUGAAAAAUGCCUAAGUAGUGAAAAUAAUUAUAUUGAGAAUGUACAAACUUUAUAUAUUUAUGGAAAAAAAAAUAUUGAAACAUUUUUAAAAUGGAAACAUUUUAGAAGUCUUAUAAAAAAAUAUUUUAUUCUUAUGCAAAAUAAAGAAUCAGAACAAAAAAAUUUAGAUGCAGGAGAAAUAAAUCAACUGAACCCAAAACAACCAGGAGAUGAUUCAUAUGCAUAUAAUGAUCAAGGAACUAUUAAUGAUAAUAUAUUAUUUAAUAAUGGAAUUGUUAAAAAAAGAAAAUAUAAAAAACAUAAAAAAAAAUUCUUAGAAACACCUGAAAGUUUUAAAACAAUUAUUAAUAUAUUCCCAACGGUAGGAGAUGAUAUAAAACAUUGGAAUACUGAUAAAAAAUAUUCUGAACAAAAUAAUCUAAAAACCGAGAAAAAAAAAUUAAAAGAUAAAUAUGCACAUGGUAAUGAAUAUGGUAAAAAUAAAGAUAAAAAAAAACAUUUAUAUGAUUUAUCUGGGGAUAAUAAUGGAAAAAUAAUUAAUAAAAAAUUUAUGAAUACAAAUUAUUCUAUAAAUAUUAAAAAAAAUAAUAAACGAUAUAGACAAAAUACAGCAUUAAAACGUAAGGAUAAAAAUGUUUAUAAUACUGCAAAAAGUAACUUAUCAAUAAGUAAAAAAAGAAAAGGUGGAAAAUUACAAGCCAAUCAAAAAUCAUAUAACAACGAUACAAACAAUACAGAACAAAAUGAUGAGCAAAUAGAAACUGAUGAAUAUAAUAUGAUUGAAUCUGGGAAAAGGAGAGGAUAUGAAGAUGAAAGUGAAAGAAAAAAGAAAAAAAGAAAGAAAGAUAAACUUAUUAAUAAUGCUGAUGAACAUAUGAAUAAAACUAGUUCAACAACAGAAAAAUAUAUUAGAGGUUCUAGUAUGGUAUCAGAAAGUAGUGUAAAUUUAAAUGCACAGAAUGAUAAAAAUGCCGAUGAAUCAAGUAGAAAGAAAUCGAAAAAAGGAAAUACAUAUAAUAAUAUAAAAGAAAUAAUCGAAAAUUUUAAUGAAAAAUUAUUAACAAUUAUGAAAGAUAUAUCACAAGUAUUAAAUUAUAAAGCAUUUUUAAAUCAAGUUAAUGAAACAUAUGCACCUAUGUAUUAUAGUGUUAUAAAAAAACCAAUGUAUAUAAAUAAAAUCAUUUUCCGAUGUAAAAAAAGAAAAUAUAAUAAUUUAAGUCUAUUUAUUGAUGAUGUAUAUCUAAUAGUAACAAAUUGUAAACUUUAUAAUACCCCCACAUCAGUUAGUGCAUACUUACGUGAUAUUGUUGAUAAUAUGUUUCUUGAUAUAGUUAAUAAAAUAAAGGGAGAUGAUAAUUUACAAAACUAUAACACCAUUUUAAUAGAACAUUUUUAUAAAAAUAAACAUUUCAACAAUACAUGGGAAAGUAUAAAUAUAGAACAAAGUGAUUUACUUAAUAAUUCAGAAUUAAGUAUGAACAAAAUAACCGAUUUAACAAUUAAUAAUAUGCAACAAGAAAAUUUGUCAAGCAACCUUAUGACCUCAAUAGAUCAAAGCAGAAAUUACAAUAAUACCAUGGAUACUGAUUUUAAUUUAAAUACCAUGUCUGCAAAUUUUAAUAGCAGCAAUUUUAACAACGUGGAGUCUGAUGCAAGCAUGAAUAAAUUGAAAGACGACCAUGAUAAUGCUAAAGAAUAG